AUGUCAUUCAAUCAAUUAACUACAGUUUACUACAAAAUCAAUAAGUGUGAGAGUAGUCCGUGUAAAAAUGGAGGAAACUGCACUGAUCAAGUCAACAAUUAUAUAUGCACCUGUCAGCCAGGAUAUACAGGGAGAAACUGCGAAAAAGACAUUCCUGAGAUGUUGAAGCAAGGGGAAUUAAAUGUAUGCGAUCGUAGGGACAGCUAUACUGUUCAGAAUAUUCAGUCAUACCGAACUUCGCGCGUCACCUAUUACUAUUAUCAGUGUGGCAUUUUGGGAUUAGGCCGUUGUCAAGGCAGCACUACGGUUUAUGGAACCGCAUACCGGACAGUCUACCAACUUAAAUACGAAACCAAAAUAUUUUGCUGUCCCGGAUGGAAACAGUUUAACAUCUCAUGCCCAAUUGAACACAAUGAUUGCGAAAGUUGUCCGUGUAAAAAUGGAGGAAGCUGCACUGAUAGGUUCAACGACUACACAUGCAAGUGUCAGCCUGGAUAUACGGGAAAGAACUGCGAGAUAGACAUUGAUGAAUGUGCCGGAAAUCCGUGUAAGAACGAAGGAAAAUGCAUUGAUCACGUGAACAACUACACGUGCAGGUGCCAAGCAGGUGUCUCAGGGAGGAACUGUGAAAAAGUGCCAACAAGUUGUGCGUCCAUCCGAGCCCUCGGUUUCACAAUCAGCGGUGUCUAUCGUAUUUUGGCCUCAAGUGGAUCGAGUGUUUCGACUUAUGUUUACUGUGAUAUGAUAACAGCGGAUGGUGGAUGGACAAUGGUUUUCAAGGUCGUGUCAGGGCAGUCUCCGCUGACCACUGUUUUGUGGGCCUCCAAUCUAACACGUGACGCAGACAGUAACGCACUCUCCGUCACAAAGACAAACACAAGCCAUUACAAGAGUAUGAUCGUCGAGGAUUGGGAUGCCUUUGGACCGAAUGAGGUGCUUGUAGGUGCGUAUGUUGAGGGGUUCUCGGUGUUUCACAUGAUUUUCAACGCAAAGAAAUCCGACAAGAUGAGCUGGAUGCAAAAAAGUCGAGUUCUUAGUUCGCCGUGGACCGACCCAGCUCUGAGUGUCGCGAUUCUUGAGUUUACUCUGAAAGGGAUCUGCCCUGACUACCCUGGAGUCUGUCAACAGUUUGAUGUUCUUCAAAGCGGACGCAAAGAUUGCAGCUUUAUUGCUAAUCACAAGGGUAUCGACGUGAUGGCUGUUUAUCUUCGUUGACUGCGGUGUCUCAUCCACACUGGUAGAGAACCGCUACAAGGUCGUGCUUAGUUUACCAACCUAUCCACCCAUUUGACCAAAGACAUUGGAAGAGAUAGCCUCCUCCGCAGGAAACUCGUAAAGAAAAAAAAAGAAGUAAAAGAACGGGUUACCUGUGGUGAAAUUACAGAGAAGGGAGACUAAGGAGAAGUAGAGAGGGGCGCCUCCGAUUUCCCUGUUUUCUCACUUCCGUUUUUCUUUGGCCACAGGAAACGCAGUUUCCUUAGUAGUUUCCUUACAUGGAAGUGACCGCGUUUGUCAAAAACGACAAUUUUUGGCUAAUUUUUCUAGAUAUGCGAAUCGCUGUAUGGAGAGUUUAGCUUUACCAUGAUCAUAAUAAUAAAUAUAAUAAUAAUAAUGAUUAUGAUGAGCGAGCACACCGUGCCAGUUGACCGCAGGUAGGUUUAGUUCAAGACAUGCUAUUGAAAAACAUUCCAUGCCCUAUUUUAUAGUUACCAUGUAAAAUCCUAUUAUUGUGGUUGUAAUAAAAAGGGGUAGAGGCGAUUAACAUGAAA